UGCGAAAUCGGCUUAGCUUAAUUAGUAGCUUUCUUUUCAUGAUUAUACUUUAGUUGCAUGGUUUCCCGCCGCAGGGACCCAAACACGACCAAGGCCAAGAAAAAUCAUCGCUAUUUUUAAAUUGUCAUGAUUAGUUUAAUAAUUUUAGUUUUAUUCAUUAAUUUUUUAGGUAACGGAUUAACUAGUUUAUUAAAAUUUUAAAAUGCUAUAUGCUAGCAAUCGUAUAUUAAUGCGUGUUACGAAUCUUUAAAUCGGGAUUUUCGAGCUCAAAAUCCGAUGUUAUGAAUUUAUAAUCACUCAACCAAUAUGGGUGUGUUUAUUGAAUUCCAAUGUGAACGGUGGGUACACGACCCAUCAAAUUGUCUCUGCCUUUGAUUCUUUCACAAGAAAUUUCUGCCCCUUUGGCCUUGUUGUUUUUCUUCCCUACAGAGAAUUUAGACUACAUUUCAGUCGAAUACCAACGUUUUCUCGUGAUGGGCUUGCUAUUAAACUAUUAUUAACAUCAAACAACUACUCUUGUCUCCUAGUAUAGUACUGUGGCCAUAAUUGUGACAUGUUGUUCUUAUAUGUUGAAAGGGUUGUUACAAGUUAUAUUCCAAACAAAUACCCACAUAACAAAAAAAAAAAAAAAAUCGACAUCCAUGGCUGGGAUUCGAAACCGGGGUCGAAAAUCGAAAUAACCCGAAAGUCGGCUACUUUACUGUUUGGCCAUGUCUUCAGCAGUAGGGUUGUGUACCAUCAUAUAUGUGGCCAGAUUGAGAUAUGUGAACGUAGUUGUUUUCCCCCCCUUUCUCAUAAUUUGAUUAGGCAGGUUUCACACAUUUACAGCUGUAUGUGCUAUAUUGUCAAAACUUAAAGAGUAGAAAAGGACACCCUUUAGUAAAAGCAUGUGAAUAUUAUAUGAUGAUGACAUAUAGGUCUGGCAAUUAGUAGGUCAGGGUGGUUGCUUGCUUGCUUUCCCUUUCUUGGCUUGUUUCUGGUGAGAUCAAAAAUCGAUUCCCAAUAGGAUUGAUUGGUCAACCACCAAUUGUCUGUUUCCUUUUGAACGUCGCCAUUGUUUUCCCACACGACUAAUAGUGUCUUAGGAGUAGUUUUCCUACCACCUGUUAUCCGCGUUGGAUUGAUGCUUCGUUUCCUUGAGUCCAAAGGAUCACCUAACUCGUACCACUCUAAUUUGGAAGUUUGCAUGUCUUAUUAAUAAUGAAAAGAGAAAUGAAAGUGAUUAUUAAUGAAUGGCGACUUGUUUUAUACUUUGAAGAUGGUAAUGGCAUACAUUCAUUGUCUAAACUAGAAAGUAGUGAAGAAGAAUGUGGUUUAUAUAUCGGGUUUGGUAUCAACAUAUGCAAGUAAGCUAUUCUUUCCUCUGAAAGUGGCCUUCAUGCUGUGAAGGGAAUGUCGUUCAUUCUCAUCCUUUGUAGCAGGAAAAUGACUGUUUUCCUUUUGAUGGUAAGAAGAAGAGUACAAUACGUUUGGCUUGCAUUAAUGAUCUUAUCCUAAUAAGUUGAUUACUUGUUGAAACUAGUAGGUUGUACUUGCAUGCACACUUUGCUCUCUGUAAAUGGCUUUGUUUAACCUUACAUGACCCUUACUAUUUAACUAGCUAACUACAAUUUGUCUGCUUCUGCAUCAAUCCCUUUUUCCAUUGAUGAUGUCUUUCGUGGUAUAAAGCAGGGAGGAAUAAGGCAUUCAUACUUAGAGAAAAGAUGAUGGAAAACAAAAGAAGUCCUUGCUUUCUUGACCAAGGGAACAUCACUUCUCUAUCAACCAAAAGGCACAAGGCUGGCCCCCCAAUCAAGGACCAGAAAGAGAAGUUUGGUGAAAGGAUUGUAAUUCUGCAGCAGCUUGUUUCACCAUAUGGAAAGACGGAUACAGCAUCAGUGCUUUUGGAGGCCAUGCAAUACAUUCAUUUCCUCCAUGAACAAGUUAAUGUGUUGAGUGCUCCAUAUCUGCAAGCUACACCUCCAAUUUAUACCCAGGGUUUGGAUGAAUACAGUCUGAGAAGCAGAGGACUGUUCCUUGUUCCAGUCUCUUCAACAGCCGGAGUGGCUAGUAGCAACGGAGCAGAUCUUUGGGCUCCAAUCAAGCCCAACCCACUACUCCAGUGACCCAACUCGGCCCAUAAGCUCCAGUCCAAGUUUCAUCGCCCAUCCAAGUUCAUAAAAACAGAGAGAGAUGCCCUUUUAUAAGAGGGUAAAUUUUGUACAAUGAAAGGUGCAAUUUUGAUGGCGCAGAAACUGUGUAGGCUGUAGCUUUGAUGAAAAGAAAUAGGAAAAGCUGAUCUUUCACUUCAUAUCUCGAGGGAAGUGGAGUAUAGUGCAUCAAUAUAAAAGCUAUUACGUGCAAGGUUUGUUUGAAUUGUGCGUGUACAAGUUGCUCUCUUCUAACCAACGAGGCUACAAAAGCUAAAUGGAAAUGAAUGGUAUAACGUUGGGGGAUUGAAGUUAAAAGUAACUACUUUACCGAACAAGUUCUAGAGAUGCUUAAAAUGUAAAUAAAUUGUUAGUGAUUUUUUUUACGGAUGGAUUUGACACUCAUAACAAAUGAUAGAACUGGUUUAAAUACAUCAAAGUUGGAAUUUGGAUAUCAAAUUCAUGAAGAAAAGAUAUACUCUUAAGGGUUGGUAAGGAAAGUCUCAAAUGAUAGACCAUACCCUCCCAUCUCAAACGUUUUACCAUUGAUAUGCACCGACGUCUGAGUAAUCGUUGGACUACACUGUAUUAUAUUCUUGACUAUGCUAAUGGAGAAGACAACAUAUGAUUUUAAGAGGAUGUGUUGUAUUCCUAGAGCUCUGUACUUUAAUCAUCCUUUCUCAUCUCUUAUUAUGUAAUUUAUUUAUACGUGUAAAUUUUUAGGAAAUCUCUUAAUGUAUUUAUUAUUACUAGAGUUUAUUUAAACAUAAAAGUAGGGGUGUUCAAAUGGUUACCAUGGUAAUAACCAAACCAAUUAAGCCUAAAUUUCAUUAACCAUGGAAUAAAAUGUCUUAACCAAACCGUCCAAAAAUGAACACGAAAACCAAAUUAACCAAAAAGUUUAAUUGGUUUGGUUAAUCGGAUAAUUGGAUUAACCAAAUAACAUAACAUUACAUGAAAACAUUAUAUUGUACGUAAUCCUAAAGUUUAGUAGCUGUCCCAAAUGUUUUGGUUUAGUAAAUAGGCAGACCCAUUUAAUUUUUGACCCGUAAUGUUUUGGUUUGUUGUGCACAUGGAAAUAAAAUAGGGAAUCACGA